GAAAGCAACUCCCAUGAGUCCAGCCGUUGGGCUGACGGUCCAUGGCCCCUGAUUGAAACCCCCUCAAAAACACAAGACAUUUCUAAGCAUGAGGCAAUCUAUAUCGCUAAUGAGAUGGCCUUUGCGCAUAAUUCGAUGCUUCGAGGUUUAAACUCACUCUACCUCCAGGCCGAUCUAUCCAACUCGAAAGACAUCGAAGACUUCUUGUUCUUCCUCCGGAGCUGGGCUGGGUGGGUAUCCCACCACCAUGCCUUAGAGGAAGAGCGAAUGUUUCCACAAUUUGAGGAGGCGAUGAAACAGCCCGGGUCCCUACAAGGGAAUAUUGAAGAGCAUCACACUUUUCAACCGGCUCUAGAAAAGCUACUCGCGUACGGAGAGACUAGGCCUGAGGAAUACCAAGCCUCGAUUGUACGCAGCUUGAUUGAGGAAAUGGCUCCUAGCUUUCGUGAGCAUCUAGCCCACGAAAUAACCAGUCUAUUAUCUAUGGCCUCCUUUGACGGCGCCCCUCUACUUAAAGUUUACAAAGAGUGCGAGGCCGAGGCAGGCAAACAAGACAAGGUAAAAGAUUUCUGCUUCCUCUUCUUGCUUUUAUUUCCCCUUUGGCUAGGUCCUAGUCCUCCAUUUUCUCGUUCUUUUGAAACCGGAUUUGAGUUUGUUAAUGAAUCAAAAAUUUAUGAUCAGUUUGUGAUCCCGCCAAUGGUUCUUGGGCUCCGCGACAUUACCUUCGAAGGGGGCAACCAAUGGCCAACACUGUCACCGCAAUCUAAUGACAUCGUUCAUAAUUUGUUCGCACGCAAACAUGCCGAUGCUUGGAGAUUCCUGCCAUCUGAUACAUGGGGCAACCCGCGCCCGUUGAAAUUUGCGACCCCUUUAACUUAA